AUUGCCCCCACACCAUCACCUAGGGCUGUGAUGAAUAGAUAUAUGACCAUUGCUGGUCUCCGUGCUAACGCUGACACAGACCAAAUUGGUAAGUACAACACAUACCAAAAGUAUAAAUUUAACACAUAUAACGUAUAUAAAUAAUAUAUAUAAAUAUAUAUAUAUAUAUAUAUAUAUAAAUAUAUAUAUAUAUAACUGACCGAUCGGUAUGUAUUACAGACACAGUAGGUGAGUCCAAAACUGACCUACUGGGUCUUCAACACACGGGAAAUCCAUUCCGCCCCCCCCCCCUUUUUUUAUUAGGACCAUAUUCUCAUCAACCCCGUCAUACUUUAUAUCAGUAUAGGAGUUAAUGAAACUCACUAGGACUUAAUGUAAUAACACUAUUCAUGUUAAAGUGUGAAACUGGAUUCAUUAUUUAAUGAGUGAUUUUUUUUUUUAAAACAUGCUCAAAGUUUUAAUUCACCUAUUCAUACUGCAUAAUAUUUUUUUUAAAAAACGAAACAAAAUCCAAAAAAUGAAUACUAUUGUAUAAAAACUUUCUUAGCUCUAUCAGACGAGUUUGGAAUGCGUCACAAACCACGUCUGCCAAAAUUGCGCUCAAAGUGAAUUUAAGAAAUACACUUGUGUUUUAAUUGGAUGCAUCUCAUUUUUUAUGAUAUUAGAAAUUAAUUUUUGUUUUUAAUGUUAUCAAAAUAUUUCUCCAAUUAGCCAGGUGGCGUGUGAUUAGCUUGAUUGUAAUUUCUGCUCUUCAAUAAUUGUUUUUUUUAAAAUAAAUUUUGAAGAUUGAACACAAACCUUAAAUUUUAUAUGUUGCAUGCGAAUUGCUUUGCUUGUAUGGAAAACUUUGGAAAUAUACUGAGUGUCGUUCGAAAAUUAAUUUUUUUUUCUUCCAUCUACUAGUGUUGGUUAUUUAAGUUAUGACGCCUUGCACAGUGUACAACUCGUAUUGUUUGUCGCAGCUCAUAUCGUGUGUCUGUAACAAUAAGAUGUAAAUGACGACUACAAGAAAAUCGAAUUAGACAUUCAAAACACAAUCACAUUAUUCUUUAAAGUACAUCCACACUUUCAUUUUAAUUAUUUUACAUGCAAAAAAAACACGAUUCCUCAGCGCCUCUAUUUGAAAUGAUCACAGCGCCCUCUUAAUCCCAGAAGCCUUUUAUAUCGCGCCAGAACUAUCAUAUCCCCUCUACUUAGUGCACACAGAUAUACACUUAUUACAGACAAGGAGAAAAUCUUGGAACGAUGAGCAGAACACUUUGAGAGUGUGCUAAAUACGCCUUCAAACAUUAAUGAUGAGGCCUAUUGAAAGAAUCCCCCAGCUCCCAACGAACGAGUCACUGGACACCGUCCCAACUUUUGAUGAGAUACAAACAGCUAUCCUCAAAAUGUCCAAUAGCAAAGUACAUGGAUCCAAAAUGAUUCCUGCCAAAAUCUACGAAGCGCGUGGACCAGCGAUGACGGAGAAGCUAUUGCAUUUAUUCCAGAUCAUCUGGCAGACGAAAACUGUACAACAAGACCUCAAGUAUGCCUCGAUUAUCCACUUGUACAAGCAUAAAGCAAACCCUGUAAAAAUCACUGAUGAAUUUCACUGCUGUCCAUUGAAGGCAAGACUUUGUCCCGAACUAGUUCUCCUACCCGAAAUUCAAUGCGGUUUCCGCAAAAAAGUGGAACCAUCGAUAUGGUGUUUGCUGUUAGGUAGCAUCAAGAGAAAUGACAGGAACAAAAUAUAUAUAAUAUUUCACAUUUAUCGCCUUGAAUAAUGCUUUUGACAUGGUCAAAAGAGGUGGCCUGUGGAAGAAGUACGAAUGCCCAGACACGUUCAACAACAUCAUUUGUCAGCUGCUUGAUGGCAUGAUUGCCCGAGUCUAGGACAACAGUCAGUCAUCUCAAGCUUUCCCCGUCAUAAACAGUGUAAAGCAGGGCUGUAUUCUUGCUCCCACACUCUUCAGUAUUAUCUAUUCUUCAAUACUGUCUGAUCUCGUGGGAGAUGCUGAUCUUCUAUCGAGCGCCUCCCCAGCCGGCGGAUAGGGGAAAGCCCGCCAGAUAUGGAGGGUACCGGGGAAAUAAAAUACCCGGGGUGGACAAAAAUCAGCCCUACUGCCUUGUAGGAAGUGGAGGAAUCCACAAAGGCUAGGGACCUAACCCGAACAAAGGCAGCCACCCAUUGAGCUGUGAGGGGCAACCCCCCAAGUGGUUGUGCGCAAGGCCAACAACCUUGCCAUGUAAAAAAUCAUAGUUACAAAAGCACCGAAAAGAGUAACAAAAGACAUUUCAGUCCUGGGAGAGGAUGGAUUCCUUGAGGAGGAAAAUAUGACGCCUAAUAGUGAAAGCCGAAACCUGGAAGCUAUUAGGCCGACAACCAUCAUCUCUACCAGGACUACCACCGUCAUUGGCGCUUGGAAUGUCCGCACCAUGUACGAGGCUGGUAAAGCGGCACAAAUAGCCGCUGAGAUGAGGAGCUAUAAGCUCACCAUUCUCGGAAUUAGUGAAGCAAGAUGGACUGGAUGGGGACAGAAGAGAUUAAUCUCAGGAGAGAUGGUGAUAUUUUCGGGACACGAAGAAGACAAUGCCCCACAUACCCUGGGUGUUGCUAUGAUGCUAUCAAGGGCAGCACAAGGAGCACUCAUUGGAUGGGAGGCCCAUGGACCUAGAAUUCUUUUAGCAACCUUUCGAACAAAGAAACGUAGCAUCAACCUAGAUGUUAUACAAUGCUACGCACCAACUAAUGAAAGUGAUGAAGGAGACAAAGAAGAAUUCUACAAUAGAGUAAUGACCAUAGUCCAGGGUUGCCCACGGAGGAACAUCGUCAUCCUCAUGGGAGACUUUAAUGCCAAGAUCGGCAAUAGCAACACAGGGUACGAAGAGGUUAUGGGACAGCAGGGGAUAGGCGAGAUAAACGACAAUGGUGAGAGGUUUGCGGACCUAUGUGCCACAGCUGACCUGGUCAUAGGGGGGAGCAUUUUCCAGCACAAGAGGAUUCACAAAGCUACAUGGGUCUCUCCGGACAUGAGAACGAUGAACCAAAUAGACCAUGUAUGUUUUGUAAAAAAAUCAGGCGAUCUCUCCAAGACGUACGUGUUAAGAGGGGAGCUGAUAUUGCCUCAGAUCAUCAUCUUCUUGUGGCCAGGAUGAAAUUAAAACUAAAGAGACUUUAUACCGAGCAAACAGCAUACAGCACUCUGUAUAAUACCUCCCUCCUGAAGGACCAAGCCAAAAAGGGAGAAUUCAGAAUCUCACUAUUCAAUAAGUUUCAAGUCCUACAAGAAAUACUUGAAGAUGAAACCACCGAAGGAAAAGGCCAAGCAUGAAAGAAACAGUCCAGUCAACAUGUCAAGAAGUGCUAGGAAACAGGAAAAAGGCACACAAAGAAUAUAUGUCAGCAGGUACGCUGAAUAAAAUAGAAGAAAGGAAAAGAAAGAAAUCAGAAGUGAAUAACAGCCGCACCCGAGCACAGAAAAACAAGUCCCAGAAGGAGUAUGCAGAUGCAAAUAAGGAAGUUAAGAAAAGCAUCAAGAGGGACAAGAAGGAAUUUGUUGAUAAUCUUGCUAAAGAAGCAGAGGAUGCAGCUCACCAGGGGAACAUGAGGGAACUGUUUGAUACCAUUAAGACGCUGUCAGGGAAAUUUAGCAAGGUAGAGAGACCAGUGAAGGACAAAAUGGGAAACACCAUACCAAGUGAGGAGCAACAGAGAGGGAGAUGGAAGGAGCACUUUGAAGAGCUCCUGAACAGGCCUGAACCAAGAAAUCCACCAGAUAUCCAACCAGCCGAUAAUGACCUGCUAAUUGACUGUAAUAGUCCCACCAAAGAAGAGAUUAGCAGGGCCAUUAAACAACUCAGAAAUGGAAAGGCUGCGGGACCUGAUGGCAUCCCAGCAGAGGCACUGAAGGCGGACCUGGAAACCAGUGUGGAAAUGCUACACCCUCUGUUUAUGAAGAUAUGGGAAGAGGAGCAAGUUCCUUCCGAUUGGAAAGAGGGAUACCUUAUCAAGAUCCCAAAGAAGGGAGACUUAAGCUCCUGCUCGAACUACAGAGGGAUCACCCUGCUGUCCAUCCCAGGAAAGGUUUUCAACCGUGUACUACUUAACAGGAUGAAAAACGCUGUAGACCCUCUGUUGCGGGACGAACAAGCCGGCUUUCGCACCAACAGAUCCUGCACGGACCAGAUAGCGACACUGCGCAUCAUUCUAGAGCAGUCACUAGAGUGGAACUCGCCGCUCUAUGUCAACUUUGUUGACUAUGAAAAAGCCUUCGACAGUGUUGACAGGCAAACCCUGUGGAGAUUGCUAAGGCAUUACGGGGUGCCACAGAAGAUUACUGAUAUAAUCAGAAACAUGUACGAAGGGAUAAACUGCCGAGUUAUCCAUGGCCAGCAGUUGACAGAUGCUUUCCAGGUGAAGACUGGUGUGAGACAAGGUUGCUUGCUGUCACCAUUCCUCUUCCUGUUAGCCAUUGACUGGGUGAUGAAAACAUCUACACAGCAGAAAAGAAAUGGCAUCCAAUGGACCUUGUGGGAUCAACUGGAUGAUCUUGACUUUGCUGAUGAUCUUGCACUUCUUGCACAUACCCAACAACAGAUGCAGGAGAAAACAAACAUUGUCGCAGCCACUUCUGCUAGCAUGGGUCUCAACAUUCACAAAGGGAAGAGUAAAAUCCUCAAGGUUAAUGCCACCAGUACAUCACCCAUUAUGCUUGAAGGAGAAGCCCUUGAGGAGGUGGACAGUUUUGUUUACCUUGGCAGCAUGGUAGAUAAACAAGGUGGUACAGAUGCGGACGUCAAAAUAAGGAUAGGAAAAGCAAGAGCAGCCUUCCAACAACUCAAAAAUGUUUGGGUCUCUAACAACUUAGGCAGCAAGUUAAAAGUAAGGAUUUUUAACGCUAUGGUAAAACCUGUGCUGCUAUAUGGAGCCGAGACAUGGAGAACAACGGCCGUAAACCUGACCAGAAUCCAGUCCUUCAUCAACAACUGUCUAAGAAGGAUUCUCAGAAUUCACUGGCCAGACAAAAUCAGCAACCAGGAACUGUGGCAGCGGACAAAACAGAAGCCCAUUGAGGAAGAGAUUCUCCAGAAGCGGUGGAGGUGGAUUGGUCAUACACUAAGAAAACCUGCUUCUAACACAACAAAGCAAGCCCUGAAAUGGAACCCACAGGGUAAGCGGAAAAGAGGCCGUCCAAGAAACACUUGGCGCCGAGAAUUGGAGACAGACAUCAAGAAAAUUGGCCAUGAAUGGAAGAUCCUGGAGAAGCUGGCCCAGGAUAGAGAUGCCUGGAGGUCUCUCGUAGGUGGCGUAUGCCCUUGGAGGAACCGCAGACGCCGACGAUGAUCAGUGGAUGCCCCUCAUGGACGAGAAGGCUCAACAACAACAAUACUGUCUGAUGCGUUGAAGGACUCCACCAUGGGGUUUCCAAUAUGGUUUCGCACUGAUUGGUCAGUAUUUAAACUUAUGAGGCUUCAAGUUAAAACCAAGGUCAAACAUAACAUCAUUAAUGAGAUUCUGUUUGCGGACGAUUGUGCCCUCAACGCUGCCUCAGAAGCCGUCAUGCAACAGAGCGUUGAUAUCUUCUCGGAGGCCUGCAAUAACUUUGGCCCCACAAUCAACACAAAGAAGACUGAGGUGAUCUGUCAGCAAGCUCCCAGUAAGCCCUACGCUGAACCCAAUACAAUCAAAACGAGGACUGCAUCUCAACCCGGUGGAUAAAUUUACUUACUUUGGGAGCAUCCUAUCUAGAUAUGUCGUCAUGGAUUAUGAAAUGAAUGGCAGAAUGUUUUAUUGCUGUUUGUUUAUUUUAGUACUUUGGGUAAGCUGUUGUGCUAACGCCCGAAAAGUUUUGGGAAUUAGGUAAUUCAUUUUGAAAUAUUGCUUUGAGGGCCUGGGGCCCUAAUUUAUUUAUUUUUUUAUAGGAGCUAUACACUUAUAAUUUCAUCUAUAGCAUUUGCAUGGGUAGACAGAAUUAAAUCAAGUAAAAAUAUUGAAAUUUCAGUUAGUGUGUUACAUAAUAAGUAGGUUUGUGAAUCAUUACAAAUAUUACAAUUUUGCGUUUGGGACCAUGGACCUUAUUUUUAUUAUUUUUUUUAUUAUGUGAGGUAUAUAAAUAUAAUUUCAAAAAGAGCAAUUUCAUGUUGGAUCAAUCGCUACAAGUGUGUGGACUAAAUUUUAAAAAUCCCUGGCUCUCAUCAUGACGGCUGUAUAUUGCCUGCUCACAAGUCGUGAAAUCUUCUAAUUUAUUUGUGUUUAAAAAUUACUUCAAAAACAUGAUUAGACCAUAUAAUUUUUUUUUCUUUAAAUGUCAUUGCAAGACACAUGCCACGUUCUUGUUAUUAGUGUAUUAAGAAAAUAUUAUGGAACAAGCAGCCGACUUGGUGUCAAUCAGUAACUCCUAAAUUAGCAAAUGUCUUGCUAAAGAACUUACACCUUUUUUUUUGUUGCUAUAGCAAAUUAUAACGUGAUUUGAUUUUGUUGACUCAUCUAAUGUUACUUGUUUACGCACUAGCUUGGUACUUUGUGUUCGUAUGCCAUGCUGUUACUUUCCCUUGGUCUUACUAUUUAAUGGGUUUUAUGAUGUUGUAACAGUUGAAAAGUAUUUGUUUCAGCUAAAUGAAAGUUUUUCAAGUAUUUCGUUUCAUUUUUAGUCACAAAAGUUGAUUUGUUUUAUUGAAUGUAACCAUCGUUAGGGAUGAUGUUACUUGUAGUUAUUGCUUAUAUUAUCUAUUCACAUUUACAGACGUCCAAAAUUAUCUAAAAAAGCACGAGAACCAGAAAUCCACGAAUUGAAUCACAACAUUUAUUAACUGUUUAAUGUAAACCACAUGAAAUAAUAUCUCUGUAAACAAGAGCAAAUAUCGUCAUAACUUCCUCCACUUCACAUUUAUUGUAUUCAAAUUAAGAUGAUGUUUGAUUCAAAAUUAGUCACAGCAAGUGCUAGUGACGAAAAGUAAUCAAUGGCCAUUCAUCCGGCUGCUUCUCUCCGUUUCACCUAACUUCCUUCACUUCCGGUUCCUUUUACUUAACAAAAACCAUAAAUUAUUCCGAAACAAAAAUUAAUAUCUAAAUAUUUGAUCUGUGAAAUUGAAGAUUAAGAGUAAUUAUUUGAUUUGAUACUCUUUUUUUUUUUUGAUGAGAGGCGAAGGUGGUAACCUCUGGCCGAUGAUUCUUACUACGCAGCCUUGAGAAUCUUUAACAAAAACCAUAAAUUAUUCCGAAACAAAAAUUAAUAUCUAAAUAUUUGAUCUGUGAAAUUGAAGAUUAAGAGUAAUUAUUUGAUUUGAUACUCUUUUUUUUUUUUUGCGUAAACUGUUUAGAACUUUAUCUAAUUGCUUUAGUUAAACCCGGAUAUUCGCGAUUAAAAAGACAAACAUUUUGGAACCCCCUGCACUAUCCUUAAGCCCAAGCGACUGACAACUUAAUCGCUGGUCAAAAGGCAUGACAUACAUUUUUCCUGCCUUAAACCUUGAAUUUUAGAAAAUAAGAUCUUUCUACAUGAAGCGUAUAAAGCUUUUUCUUUUCAUGACAUUGUUGGCGUCAUACCUUUACCCUGGUUAAUGCCUACAUACAUUUUCAUGCUUUAAUAUUAAGAUAUUUUUUGUAAGUAGUUUCCAUAAUUUAAAAAAAAAUAUUUUCCAGAUGAAAGAGAGAACGAUUGCGUCACCAAUUCACAAAUAGGUGCAUGGCACGAGGUAACCAAUCAAAACUUACAGACAACAAACAAUGCUGGGAACAUCGUUAAACCGGAUGUUGAAAACGUCUAUAAUAAUGAUGUCAUCCUCAAUGAACAAGAUGCAGAACACGUCUACGAUAAUAAUGUCAACAUCAAUGUACAUGAUGUAGAAAACGUCUAUAACAAUGCUACAUAUGUGGCGAGUUAGGAAUCAUCGGGAGCUAGAAAAAAAAAAGAAUCAAGCGGCAAAAGUUGUAUGUUAAUAACAGCCAUUUUUUAUACAAUAUUAAAUACAUGCGCAC